AUGUGUGGCGGCGGCUGUGGAGGUGACUUCAGGUGGCGGAAGUUGGAGGUGAUUUUGGGUGGCGGCAGUUGGAAGGUGGCAGUGGUGGCCGGAUUCCAACUGUCAUGGCAGACUAAGAAUGAGGAAGAGGAGUUCAACACCGGGCCUCUCUCUGUUUUGAUGAUGAGUGUUAAAAACAACACACAGGUGUUGAUCAACUGCAGAAAUAAUAAAAAGCUUCUAGGCCGUGUGAGAGCCUUUGACCGACACUGUAACAUGGUGCUGGAAAAUGUUAGAGAAAUGUGGACAGAGGUACCUAAGACUAGGAAUGGCAAGAAAAAAGCUCUUCCAGUUAACAAAGACAGGUUCAUUAGCAAGAUGUUUCUCAGAGGUGAUUCUAUCAUCAUUGUCCUCAGAAAUCCUAAGUGA